AGAUGACUCACCACUGCACCAAGUUCUCCGGCCACUGGAAGAUCAUUGUCUUCGAUGAGGAGUGUUUCCAGGGACGCCGCCAUGAGUUCACCUCCGAGUGCUGCAAUGUGAUGGAGUUCGGUUUCGAGACCGUGCGCUCCCUGAAAGUGGAGAGCGGAGCCUGGGUGGGUUAUGAGCAUGCCUCCUACCAGGGGCAGCAGCUUGUCCUGGAGAGGGGAGAGUACCCCCAGAGUGACGCCUUUGGAGGCAGCAAUGCCUAUCACAUUGAGAGGCUGACCUCCUUCAGACCUAUCGCCUGUGCUAACCACAGAGAGUGUCGUAUGACUAUCUUUGAGCGUGAGAACUUCCUGGGCCGUAAGGGUGAGCUUAGUGAUGAUUAUCCCUCCCUCCAGGCCAUGGGCUGGUGCAACAAUGAAGUGGGCUCUCUCAAGGUCCACUCUGGAGCAUUUGUGUGCUACCAGUACCCUGGUUACCGUGGUUACCAGUAUAUCAUGGAGUGUGAUCGUCACUGUGGGGAAUUCAAACACUUCAAGGAGUUUGGCUCUCAUUGCCAGACCCCUCAGAUCCAGUCCAUCCGCCGUAUUCAGCAGUAA